CUCUCUCUCUCCGUCCUCGCUGCACUUGUCUUUGCGGCUAGGGUUUUUUUCUCUCUAUAUACACUCUUUCCAUCUCUUGUAACUUUCCUUUUUUUCUUCUUUUGCUUACUUCACUACUUUCUUACAGAUCUAUUUAUUCCGAGAUUCAUUUAAUUACUUGAAUAAAGAAAAUCUCGAUGGAUGUUUUGCUGGAGUAGGGUUCUUCUGUGGGUCGCCUCUUUUUGGGUGAGCUUAGAAAGAACAAGGGAGAAAACAAGGGUUUUGGAGAGGAGGGUUAAUUUGGGUGAUAUUUUAUUUUGGAAGAAAUGGCGACCAUGAACCCUUUUGAUUUGUUGGGAGAUGAUGAUACUGGGGAACUAUCAUUGCUGAUCGCUGCUCAGCAAAAGGCUGUCGCAGCCGCCACCAACACUGCUUCCGCCGCCUCCCCUAAAAAGGGGCCGGCUCAGUCUCAGGGUAAGCAGCAGCAGCCUGCAACUCAGGCUAAAGCGGCUAAGCUUCCUUCCAAGCCUCUCCCUCCUGCUCAGGCUGUGAGGGAGGCAAAGAGUGAAGGUCCCCGUGGUGGCGGCCGUGGUGGGCGUGGAUUUGGACGUGGGCGUGGUGGUAGUGGUGGAUACAGACGUGAUUCUGCCAAUGAUGAGACCUCAUUAAGCAACAGUGCUGUAUCUGCUGGUCAAGGUGCUCCUGAAGAGGGAGAGAGUGGAAAGCCCUCUGAAAGGCGUACCUAUGGUGGCCCUCGUCCUUACCGUGGUGGUCGCCGCGGUGGUUUCAGUAAUGGGGAAGUUGGACAGGGGGAGCGACCUCGCAGGAUGUAUGAGCGCCAUAGUGGGACUGGACGCGGAAAUGAGCUCAAACGUGAAGGCUCUGGUCGUGGGAAUUGGGGAACUCAGACUGAUGAACUUACUCAGGUGACUGAAGAAGUUGUCAAUGAAAGUGAGAAGAAUUUAGGUGAUGAAAAGCCAGCAGGAGAAGAGGAUGCAGGAGAUGCUUCCAAGGAGAGCCCUACCAAUGAACCUGAAGAAAAAGAACCUGAGGAUAAGGAGAUGACUCUUGAGGAGUAUGAGAAGGUACUGGAAGAGAAGAGGAAGGCUCUUCAGGCUCUCAAGACUGAGGAAAGAAAAGUAGAUGCCAAGGAGUUUGCAUCUAUGCAGCAGCUUUCAAAUAAGAAGUGCAAUGAUGAGGUCUUCAUCAAAUUGGGUUUCGAGAAGGAUAAGAGAAAAGAGGCUUUUGACAAGGAAGAGAGAGCAAAAAAGUCUGUCAGCAUUAAUGAAUUUCUGAAGCCUGCUGAAGGGGAGAGGUACUACAACCCAAGUGGACGCGGACGUGGCCGUGGACGGGGUCCAAGAGGGUUUGGUGGAGGCAGUGCAGCCGGUAAUGUGCCAGCACCUUCCAUUGAAGACCCUGGGCAGUUUCCAACUUUGGGGGGCAAUUGAGAUUUCUAUAGAACCACCCCGCUUACAAUCUCGCUGGCUUUUUUUUUUUUUUUUUGGAUUUUUGGGUUCUUUAAAUUUUGGGCAGGAAAUGGACUCAAAUAAUCUGGGUUUCCUGUUGCCAAAGGAUCUCCUGAAUUUUAUGUUUUAAAAUGUAUAUUUCAGUUUUCUUGUAGUGCCGCCUAUUGUUAUGCUGCUUUGAUCUUACUGUCCCAACAAAUUGGAGCCAUGUUAAAACCAUUUUACCUAUGACUAGAAAACCAUUGUUGCUCA